AUGACAGCCGACAAUACUAAAAAGGGCAUCUAUACACCAGGCACGGUUGUGGAAACCAUGUUUGGUGUGGGAGUGGUGGUAUCUCAUCGAGGCAAGAUUGGAGCAGAAGAAGCAAAAGAAGGAGAUCAGGAGGAUGUGCCACCCAUGGUAGAAGUACGAUUGUGGCGGGCUCCAGGACAUUCCAUUGGGACGGCUGCCACGGCGUUUCUCCAGCCCAGUAUGAUCAAAAAGCAACUUCCUGUAGCUCCUGGAAUGACCACAACCACCAUUGAAGAUAUCCCCAAAAAGGUAUUAGUGCAUUGCUACAAUCCAUCGCAAGAAAAGUAUUUGGUGUCUGUGGCACAAUUACAACCCACCAAGGGAUCCAAAUUCUAUCCCCUUCUCUUGGAACUCAUGAGUCGGGGCGAUCGUGCCGUCGCCCAAGCCGGGGGAUUGUGGAUGCAAAAUAAGGACAAGAUUCAAGAUGCCGCACUCAAAUUGGCCGAAACGGGUGAAAAACUAGGAGAAGAAUUACAAACCAAAGCCAAAGAAGUCAUUGCCGAAACGCCCUUGCAACAAAUUGCCACGACGAAUAUAGAACAAGGCACGGCCGAUGCCACCACGGCAGCGGAAACGGCCGUGGAAACCCUCAAGACAAUAUUCAAGAACGAACACCGUCCAAGAACAAGUCGAAAAAGUCAUGACCAUGCUCAAGGACGAAGAUUUCACGUCUUGUUGGAAAAUGGAAAACAACGAUUGGAACAACUCGUACAAGCCGAUAUCCCACACGCCACCGAAGAAGCUCUGUCGAAUUUGGGAAUUACCUGGAAUACAGAAACCAGUGGUGCCCGGAGGGAACAGUUGGAAGCGACACAACAAAAAGCAUUGGAAGCGGUCGAUGAUUUGUUGGCAUCGGUCCAACAAGCGGCCGAACAGUUUGAUAACUUUGUCGAAGCCAGUAAGAGUGAUCGGCAUCUUUCCAGUAUCAUGGAACAUGUCUCGUCACACACUACCGAAUGGCAACAAAUGACGGGACGAUUAUUGUCCACCAAAUCGGGCAGUCUCUUUUUGGAAGGUGCCAGUCGCAUCCAAGCGCGUGCUGGAUUGAUUCUUAGCGGGGGCCAAUUUGGUCAAACUGUGGACUUGCAGGAAUGGACCCAAUCCAUGACGACUAAAUUCACCAAAGCAUUUACCGAAGGAGAUGCUGCUGUGGCGCGGUUAAAGAGUAUCGAAUUGGGAGAUGCCACACUCCAAAAACGCAUCACCAAAGACAAUAUUUCCAAACUCUUGUCCAACCUACAAACGUCCGCCGAUGGCAAACGAAAGGAAGCUCAUGAAACACUCAUCUCGGUGCUGUCACGCAAAUCCGUGUAUCGUGAUAUUGCCUUGUUGAAAUUAGAGCGAACCUUUUGUGAUUUGGAGGAACAAUUCUUUGGUGCGGAUUGGAACAGCGAAGAUGCCUGGUCUGCCGAGGAUCUGGCCAAAUUGGCUCGUGGAGAAGGAGGAACGGCCAACCUAUUUGAACCCAUUGCCAAACGGGCCAAACAAGAAAUCGACAAACAACUCGACCAUGCCGAGGAAACUGUCCGCAAGCAACAAGAAGCAAAGGGCGGAAUGACAAAAAUGCUGAACUCGUCUGGAGGCCUUGUCUCGAGUUCCAUGAAUGCCAUUGUGGAGGAUGUCGUGACGCUGCUCAACGACGACAAGAUUGUAGCUCAGGGUGAAAACCUGAUCCAGCGAGGAGAACGGUUCUUGGACGCCAUUGAAGGUGUCGCAAACAUGGACAAUAUCAAUGACCCAACCAACCGGCUCGUCAGCGAUGCCAUGAAAGUGGCCGAAAAGGCAGGAAUCACAAAGGAAUCCAUAAUGAAAGAUCUCGAAAAGAUCAAUGUCGAUGAAGUGUUGGACACGGCUCAAGGAGCUGUCACAGAUGAAAAGAAACGCCUGCUGCUGUUGUCACAAGCCACGGAUGCCGCUUUGGAUUUCUUCCUGAAAAUUUUGCCUUCCAUGCCGGUGCCGCCUUUUGAAGGGUCAAGGACGGCCUGGUUUACCACUUGUCCAAUCUUUCCAUGGAAGGAUUCAAGGAGAGCGACAACUGAUAAACGAAAGAGCGUCAAAAGCCUGGAGGCGGCGAAAAAGGCGGUGAGAGAUAUGCCAAAGGAAGCUGCAGCCGGUACCCCCAUCGAGGCGCCGGACUCGGGGUCUUCUUUGCUCCAGGAAGAAAGUAAUGACGAAGAAGAGUUCCAAGAAGCCGACCUGGACAUCACCACCACAUCUGAAAUCGGGCAUAUCAAGGCUACAGAACUUCUGAUCAUCGAUAUUAGCGAUGUUGCCGCUGUCAUGGACGGCGCUACUUGGAAUUUUGAACAGACGUACUUUCCCUAUUUGAAGGGGAAGGGAAUCUCAGAUGUUCGAAUGGUCAAUGGUUGUGUGCGGCUGCAGUUUGAGCUCCGAAAACGAAAGCGAAAGAUUCAAGUAGAGAAAGUUGCUGGAGAGGAAGGCGAGACAGAGGAGAAAGAAAUCUGGGAACCUGUUUUAUGCCUGCACGAUCGAAGUUGCACCAUUGGUGAAGUCUUCGUUUCCCUUCAAGGGGAGGGGCGAGUGGCUUGGCUUCUCAACAAACUGGCGGAUUUCUUCAAAGGACCGGUCGGAACCUACGUGGCACGACAGAUUGUCGCUGUCUUGAGCAACAAAAGUGGGGUCAUCUUGGACAAGCUGAACAAUGUCUUGUCUCCUUAUUGGGACCUGAUCCUGUCGACUGCUGGGCUGAAGAUGGAUGAUCUUGUGGAAGCUGAUCACCGCGUAGUUACCGCCGCGGAUGCGGAGGACAACGAAAAUACAGUCGAGUUGGUAUGGAGAGAACGGUUGCCAUUGGGUCUGAACCUCUUGCUCAAUGACGAAAGUGGCCAAGUGAAGGUAGUGGAUCUUCCACGAGGAAGCCAGGCAAGGAAGGUAUGCGAAGCACGAAUGUUGGAUCCCGAGGUAUUCAAAGGUGCCACGAUCGUGGCCGUCAAUGGUUGCCGCUUCUUUGAGCCUGAGGAGGUUUAUGAUGCCUUGCGGGAUCCAAUCCGCCCAAAGACUGUUUUGUUCGAGCUGGCGGAGUCCGAAGAAGCGGAGAGGGUUCAAGAGUUUGUUGCUGAUGCAAUGAAUGAGAAGGAGCGAAAGAUCAAGGAAGCAGCAACCGGAACAACGCCUCUAAAGGAACAAUCCACCAACGGAGAACCAACGAAAGGGAAGUUUGCUACUCACACGUACGAGAUCACUCAACCUGGACAUCUAGGAAUUGAGUUUGGUGAAGCACCCGACAAUUUCGGAUUGGUCGUUACGGGUUUUGUCCCUGCCGAAGACGGCACCGCCCAAGCAGCUGAAUCCAGUGGAAAGAUCCAUAGACACGACCUACUGACACACAUCAAUGACAAGCUAGUAAUUGGAGAGAAUGGCACGGGUCGAGAGAAGGCCUUCGAAAUCUUGCAAUCUGAAGGCAGUUCCCGACCCCUAACACUUACCUUUUCGCCUCCGUACUUGAUACGGCAAGUUUUCGAAGCCUCGGCAACCGAAAGGAAGCCAACCUCGGCGGCCCAACAGAACUUUGUCUGGAAGAAUGGGAUUUUGAUUGGUGACUACCUAAUCUUUAUCAACGGGACGUCAGUGGGCGCUGGGAGUCGAUGGCUUGGGGAGGGGCCUGCUCCGACCUUGGAGGAAGUCUAUGGAAUCUUGCGAGACCCGCAAAACUAUCCCAUGGGCCUUACCUUUGCUCGACCCAGGCAGACCGAAAACGACGACAAGAGCUGGUCCUUUUUGGGCAACAACAAGCAAACGCCCCAAAAGGACGAAAAAAACCUGUUCAACGACGAGGAUUCGGAAACCGUGGCUGUUUCCACAGAACGACUCGAGCUGCUAGGAUGCGUUUUUGAUGUUGCGGAAGGCACCAACGAUAUUGUUGUGACGGAUUUCUACGCUGUUUCAGGAUACUUUCAGAAUACUCUUUCUCCUGUUGCACGAAGAGAUGGAUCCUCUCAAAUUGUCAAGCUGGCGGUGGAGUCCAUCGAUGGCCAGUUUGUUCCGACGUACGCCUCGAAGGAUAUGGUUCUAAAUGCCAUCAAGCGAAGCUGGUCGAAAGAACGACGAGUAGAAGUGCUGUUCAGCGACGACGCGUGCAAGCAAUGGGUUCACAGCCUGAUGGCCACACCAGAAACCUCGGACCAAUAA